AUGAAGCAAGAGCGCACGCCCGAGGGCGUGGUCGCCGAGAUGCAGAUCGCCGGCGCGGAGGCCUCCGACGCUGGGGCCUACUUCUGCCGCGCCAGCAACGACUUCGGCGACGACCAGCAGCUGGUGCAACUCCAAGUGCAAGCGCUGGCUGGCGGCGGCGUGGGCGGCGGGGGCGGCGGCGCGGCGGGCAGCGGCGCGGGGGCGUGGCAGCAGCUGAAGGUGGACGGGCCGCCGGCGCCGCGCCAGGCGCUGGUGGAGGAGCUGAAGCCCGCGACGGCCUACGUGUUCCGGGUGGCGGCGGCGGGGCCCGCGGGCCGCAGCCGCCCCAGCGCCGAGCUGAUGGUGCGCACGGAGCCCCAGCGGCCGGCCGGCGCGCCGCUCAGUGUGGCCGCCAGAGCGCUCUCCUCCACCGAGCUGCUGGUCACGUGGGCGCCGCCGCGCGCCGACCUGCGCCACGGGGACCUGCAGGGCUACAACGUGGGAUUCCGCGACGCCAGCUCGGUGGCGGGCGACGCGGACGACGGCGGCGGGGAGCUGCUGCUGACGGGGCUGGCGAAGAACGCGCACUACGCCAUCGCCGUGCAGGCCUUCAACCAGGUGGGCGCCGGCCCGCUCUCCGACCCGGGGCUGCGCCAGCACGUCAAGUACCAGUUCUGGGUGACGGCGUUCACGCGCGUGGGCGAGGGCCAGAGCUCGCCCGUGGUGUCGCAGGUGCCCUCAAGCAGAGUGCCGCCGCGCAUCGCGUCGUUCGGGGCGACGCUGGUGCGGCCGCAGCUGGGCCACGUGACGCUGGCGUGCCACAGCGUGGGCCAGCCCACGCCGCGCCGCGAGUGGUUCAAGAACGGCCAGCCGCUGCCCAGCUCCGCCGCCGAGAUGGCGCUGGCGCGCCUGCAGCCCAGCGACGCCGCCAACUACACCUGCCGCGUCGACAACGGCCAGGGCUCCGACCUGAUCGUCUACCACCUCACCGUGCAAGUGCCGCCGUCGCCGCCCGAUCUGCACGUGCGCGGCACCACGAGCAACAGUGUGCUGCUGUACUGGACGCCCGGCGCGACGGGUGGCACGCCGCUCGCCGGCUACACUUUGCACUACCGGCGCGCGCACGGCGACGCCCAGGAGCUGGCGCUGCCCCGCCGCGCCACCCGCCACGAGCUCAAGGGGCUGCUGUGCGGCAGCACGUACGCCGUGCACCUGGUGGCACGCAACAAGGUGGGCGCGUCGCGGCCCAGCCAGCAGCUGUCGGUGCGCACGCAGGGCCAGGCGCCCGGGGUGCCAGCCAAAGGCGCGCUGCUGCAGCCCAACUCGUCGUCGGUGCUGCUGCGCCUGCACGCCUGGCCCGACAACGGCUGCCCGCUCACCUACUUCGUGGUGCAGUACCGGCCCGAGGGCGCGCAGCAGUGGACGCUAGUAUCAAAUUCACUCAAACCUCAAAGACGAUUCACCAUAUCUGGUUUAACACCCUCAUCCAUGUAUCGAUUGAAAAUUGAAGCACAUAAUAUUGCUGGUUCUUCAAAAGAAACAUACUCUUUCGUAACUCUUACCAAGGAUGGAGACCCACCACCUCUAGAACUUGUGAAAGGAGGUACCGUUUCAACACCUUUCUACACAGACGUUCGCAUAAUGGUUCCUUUAGUGAUUGCAGUUAUAGCACUCUUUGGGACCGCUAUUGCAGUUGGAAUCUGCUGGAGAAACAAGCAUUCUCGGCCAUUAAAGGAAUCACUUGAUAACCAGCAAAAUGCAGAAGCUCAAAGAGAGAGAUACUAUGCCACCAUACACAAAGUAGCAGUUCAAGCAGCUGGAGAUAAAAUUCCAGAAACAUCUGAAGACAUUUCACCUUACGCAACAUUUCAACUCUCUGGUCCUGGAGUAGAUCCUAAUAACACCUUAUUGCAUAGCUUCAUGUAUCAUGAACAAGCAAUGACUGAAGGAUGUGCUUCACCUCCUCCUAGUGGGGUUCCUAAAGGAGGAGCUAGAAGAAGAGGUAGCAGAAAGACAGAAGUUGAAACAGAUGACUCAGAUUCGGAUCCUGACCAGUUAACUUCAAGCCGAACAGAAUCUUCCAACCAGUUGGACACCAAUAAAUUUAAACACAAUUUUAUUUACCAUGGAGCUCAAUCCAGUACAUCUUCAGAUAUUUCACCUAUGUCAGAACAAAAGUCACUCCCACGAAGAGGAAGAGCCAGUGAUGCCCACUUGAGUGUUGAUCUUCAAAGUAGUUGCAGAUGGCUCGUCCCCAGCAGACCCUCUCUCAGGACCCUUCUGCCACCUCUCACUGUAGCAGAAGCCACCUUCAGCAGUCGACCACCCCCACAGUCCGAGUCUGGAGACACACCUGACCGCCCAGAAUUAAGCGAAGCUGAGUGCGACAUUGAUACACUCAAGAAACUGAAACUUGGAUUGAGGUCAUCUCUAUGGUCUCGACCAAGCUCACACCAUCACAACCAAUCAGAUUACUCUAUAGCAGUUUAACAUGAAUACAAUCACAAGUUCAAUGUUUAACAAAGAUGUCCUCUGCAACCACAAACAAAUAGGUAUGGUCCAUUACUUCCAAACCCACAGUUCUGUCAAAUUUAAUGUGAAGCUAUGAAUAACUGUUCACAACAAAUACCUACCCUUUGAUAAAUGAGCAGUUCAAAGAUUAAUAUAAAAUAAAUUUUUAUUAAAAUAUGUCUUGUACAAUGACAAUGUGAUAUACACGAGUAUUUUUAGAAACUGCUACAAACAGAAAUACUGAGAAAUAUUUAUCAAUUUUCAGUGAAAAUCCAAAGAGCAAGCCACAGCAUUCAUAAUUCACAAUUAUAACAGAAGAAAAAAAUAAAAAAAUUGAAAGAUUGUAAUAAAACAUACCCCGAAAGUGUGAGGACUAUAUUUGACAAUUCAAUUCGGCAAAUUGUGCUCAAUGAAGUGACUCUUUGUUUUGAUUGGCUAAUACACAGAGAUGAAUUGAGGAUGCGGCUUGGUUUGAACUGGGCUCAGAUAAAACAUAGGCAAUGAACAUAUUUACUUGGCAUGUAGAGAGAUGAUAUUCUGUAUACUAAUUCAUGAUUCAACAUCUUUUCCUUGUGUUUUAUCUUAGAAAAGAAAAUUUUAUUGUUGGUUUGCUUUGAAGAAAAUAUUUCAAAACAAUCAAUGAAUUAUCACAGGCAAAUAAAUUCCAAGUCUGUUUAUAAUAUAUUUUUUUAUACAUAAUAGCCCAGAAAAUUCAAUUUAGAGCUAUUGCUCUUCACAUAAAACAUUAAAUAGUAAUCCCGAGUAAUAGGAAACUGGAUUUGCAAUGUUUUGAUUUCAGCAAUUACUAAAAAUUGCUGUACUCAUUAAUAUUAAAUGCAAGAUGUGCAAAUUUGUUGUAUUCUAAGACCAAUGAUAUUGUGUAUUUCUCGGAACAGUUAAUUACAAUAAAACGGCAAAAAUCUCUACAAACUUAUUUCCAAAGAAAUAUGCCUAAGGAGAACAAGGACUCACGACUGCAAAGUAUAAACAUGAUAUAAUCAUUGUUACUCCACAUGACAUCAAUCAGACCAUAACCUACUAUGUUCCACACAAUUCUAAUCAGAAUCUCAUUCAUUCUGAUUACAUCCAUAAACACGUACCCUUCUCCAGUACAUUUCACAACUCCCUUCUCAAAAAAGGCACAAAACAAACAACAUAUGUUUAUGUCCGUGACAAUGCUUGUUUAAUAAAAUAUACAUUCUAUAUCAAUGAAAUACAUUGCUAAUUAAAAUUGAUGUGUACACAUUAGUACAUACUGAAUGUUGUGCAACUGUAUGAAGGGCCAGUGUGGUCUAUAUUUCAACUGCUUCCUCCCAAUGUGGCAAAAUGCUCUUGUACCCCAUGUCCCUGACUCAAAAGUGUUCUGUAUUUCUUCCUUGAAAAAUGAACUGAAGACCACAGAGAUCAUGUUUUCUAUGUAAUAUGUUUUCAAAAUAAAUUAUACUUGUAAAAGUUUUAGAGUAUGUUUCAUUAAUGAUAUGCUGUCUCCUCAAUCAAAGUGCAUUUAUUAGGUAGAACGGUUAGAACAACAGUAUUUCAAAAAAUUAAAAAAUCAUCACAGAAGCCUAAAUACACACUAGCCCAACACUUUUUUGUAUGUGCUGGGAUUCAGAAUCCUUUAACUCCUUGUAGAUUUGUGACGUACACAAUAUAUUUUUGUCAGUCUAUCCAAAUCUCAUGUUCCUCUUUGCUUCCUCCCUCUUGCCCAUCUUUCAACCAGAGAUGAAUCAACACAUAAGCAGACUAGGUCAUGCUUAGAUGUAUUAAUAGUUUUUAAAAUAAAAUCUUAUAAUAUAUCAUAUAUGUGUUGAAAUAUAUUUUAUUCAUUUUAAUGUUGAUACUC